CAAAAACAUGGUCAACUCUAUUGGGGCUGUUUUCAGCCCGGUGAUAGACGUAGAGAACAGGAGGGUUCGAGUCCGACGCAAGCUCGCGAUGAUCAUGAAGCGCGAAGGAGGGGCUGCGAUGAGGACUAACGAGAUGAUUACACGCAGGCGGAUCAUUGACAAACGCUCACCUAAGGGUGGUGGGGGUGGCACUCCUCCAAAAACCGGCGGGAGCACUCCUAAACAGGGGGGUGGCACUGCUGCAAAGGUUGGCGGUAACAACAAUCCUGUCAAGGUCCAACAAAAAUCAACUCAGAACCAAGCAACAAAGCAAAACGCUGGGGUGAAAAAAUUACAAAACACUGGUCCGAAUAAAUUACAAAACACUGGUGUUAAUAAUAAAUUGCAAAAUACUGGUGCAAAUAAAUUGCAAAACACUGGUGCAAAUAAAUUACAAAAAACUGAUGUGAAUAAAUUACAAAACACUGGUGCCAACAAAUCACCAAAUACUAAAACAGAUACCACAGCUUUGCUUGCGGCAGGCGGCGGAGGGACCAAAGCGGCCGGAGGCGGUGGUGGCUCAAGAGGGACCGGACAGGCUGCUCAGGCUCAGGCUGGGGGCAAACGUGGAGCUGCUGAUUUGAAACUACAAGUUGCGGAAGUAUCGAACGGCCUGGCUUCCAUCAAUGGGAAAAAACCUAACCAAAUUGUGAAGGAGGUUGAUAGGAUCUUGAGCAUUGAAAAAGCCGAAGAUACUGCCAGAGGGGCGAUUAAAAGUGCGAAGCCUAAUGAUCGUGAAGUCACUUCAGCUCUGGCCACUGUUCAAAAAAACGGUCCAAAUUUGAUCAAGGGCCUUGAGAAAUUGAAGGAUGUGGCUAAUGAUCCCAAAUCAACUCGCAAAGCCAUAGAUGAUCAACUGGCAGAAGUGAACAAAUUGAGGAAGCCUCUCCUAGGAGCCAAUACUGAAUUAAUAAAAGAAGGACAGCAAGUGUAG